AAACAUUACACGAAUUCAACGCCACUGUCUAGCGUCCACCAUCUUUUACAUAUUUUUUUCCCUUGGCGACCUCAAUUCCACGCACCCCCCCCACCUUCUCGGUAACUUUUGUUUUGCAAAGCACCUUCUCUGCAACUACAAUCGAGAGAGACAUACGGACUGACAAGCAUAUGGAGCUGAAAAUCCAAGAGACUGGGAGCGAGAGCGAGGCAUAACCUGCGUCCAGGGCUGAGUUUGUGUGGCUUUGGUCUGACUCAGAUCAACUGGGAAAGCUGACUUGGGAUUUGAAAUGGGUUUGGUUCUUUUUAUCUAUUGAUUGGAUAAAAAAGAAGGGGAAAGAGAGCACAAUGUCUUGGAAGACCAGAGGAGUAGAGCCAGCUUCGAAGACUUUGGUAUCUAGGAAAUGGACUCUGCUGCUUUGCAUUGGAUGUUUCUGUGCUGGGAUGUUAUUCUCUGAUAGAAUGUGGAUGGUUCCCGAAGUUAAAAGUAUAUCAAGGACAACAAGGAUUGAAGAUGAAAAGCAAAAUUUAGUUUCAGAGGGUUGUGAGUCAAGAAUUAAGGAUGGAAAGCAUGAAUCUAAGAACAUCCUAGGGGAAGUUUCAAGGACUCACAAUGCUAUCCAAGCAUUGGAUAAAACAAUCUCUAAUUUAGAGAUGGAAUUAGCUGCUGCAAGGUCUGCACAGGAAUCAAUUCACAUCAGUUCUCAGAUAUCGGAGGAUGUUAAAAUUUCUGAAUCAAGAGGGAAAAGAAAAUACUUGAUGGUUAUAGGCAUCAAUACUGCUUUUAGUAGCCGCAAACGAAGAGACUCAGUACGCGAGACUUGGAUGCCCCAAGUUGAUAAAAGAAAGAAGCUUGAGGAAGAGAAGGGAAUUGUAAUCCGGUUUGUCAUAGGUCACAGUGCCACAUCAGGUGGUAUCCUUGAUAAAGCUAUCGAAGCUGAGGACAAAAGGCAUGGGGAUUUGUUGAGGCUGGACCAUGUUGAAGGUUACCUUGAAUUGUCAGCCAAGACGAAGAUAUACUUUGCCACUGCUGUUGCUUUGUGGGAUGCAGAUUUUUAUGUCAAAGUUGAUGAUGAUGUACAUGUAAAUAUAGCAACACUUGGUGCAACUUUGGCUAGACAUCAGUCAAAUCCCAGGGUGUAUAUUGGAUGCAUGAAAUCUGGUCCAGUCCUUGCUCAAAAGGGUGUGAGAUACCAUGAACCUGAGUAUUGGAAAUUUGGUGAGGAGGGAAACAAGUAUUUCCGUCAUGCUACGGGGCAGCUAUAUGCUAUUUCAAAAGAUUUGGCAACUUAUAUAUCAAUCAACCAGCAUGUGCUACACAAGUACGUUAAUGAAGAUGUUUCCAUGGGUUCAUGGUUCAUUGGAUUGGAUGUAGAGCAUAUUGAUGACCGGAGAUUAUGUUGCGGUACACCACCUGAUUGCGAGUGGAAGGCUCAGGCAGGCAACAUAUGUGUUGCUUCAUUUGAUUGGAGCUGCAGUGGAAUUUGCAAGUCUGUUGAGAGGAUCAAGGAGGUUCACCGGCGGUGUGGAGAAGGUGAGAAUGCUUUGUGGAAUGCAGAGUUAUAACAGAUGACGGUUCUUCCAAACUCGAGACGAAGCAAAUGCAUGGCAUGAGUCUUCUCAGAAAAUGUUUGCUACUCGAAGAUGCAAAUGAGAUGGACAGAUACCGGAAGGGGAAAGGGGGGUGGGGGGGAGGUAUAAGGAAGUUGUUUUCUUUUUCCUGGAUUCUACUCCAUUUUUAGAUUAUGAGAGAGAUCCAAUAGCAAAACUAAAAGAGAGAAUGUACAUUCUUUAAUUGCGGGGAGGGCCAAUUUAUAAGUUUGCCAUGGCCGGUGUAGUUCCAUAAUAAGUAUCUAUUUGGGAUAUCAUCUGCUGCCUGUCGCUAAAUUUAUUAGGGAAUUUUCUGUUUGUAGUUUUGAUGGCUUUGGUCCCCUUUUUGAUGAUUGCAAGAAAAAUGAGAUCCAAUCUUGCUA